UACACAGCCCUUUCAUACACUUGGGGUGACAUGAACGACGCAAAGCCGCUUCGCCUAGCACAUACACCUUUACGCAUCACAGCAAAUUUGGAUUCAACAUUGAGAGGUCUACGGAACACUCUGUCCGGAUCCAUGUGUGACGAUAUUCUCGUGGACAAGCUCCUAUGGGUUGAUGCGCUGUGCAUCAACCAAGGAGACAAUGCUGAGCGCGGUCACCAAGUAGCGAUGAUGCAAGAUAUCUACUCGGCUGCAGGCCAGGUUUCAGUUUGGCUGAGCGAUAAUGAAGCGUAUCAGAAAGUAUCUCUUUAA